AAAUCUUUUGAGUAGCUUCGAGUUUGACCGAAAUGGACGAAAGUAGUGAAAAAUAGAGAAUAAGUGUUGUUCUAUGUCUCUUUAGUCUUUUUAAUUUUGUUUUAUAUUAAAAAUAUCUUUAUUUUUAAACGUUCUAUUUUGUGUGCUUUAAUGAUAAUGUAGGCCAAAAUUGUUAAGUGCAUUUACGUUUGUUUGAUUUAUUUAUCAACACUAGGUUAAAAGAUAAACUUUAAUUAACAAUAUUCACAAACAAUACUACACAAAUAGUAAAAAUGGAAACUGUUGAAGAGCAUCCUGUUAUAAAUUCUACUAUUGAUGAUAUGAAAACAACCGUAACUGAGGAAUUGCCGACAAACGUCGUCGAAUCGGAUGUAUGUCAGAAGUCAAAUGGAGUUAACUGUACUACAAACACCGAUGAUAAUGUGGCUGAAUCCACAACAGAAGCAGAGAGCGUAGCAAAUACGGUAACUGCUGUCAAAAUCUUAGAGGUUUGUGAUAAUUCUGAAGUUGAAGAACUUGUUAAACAUGAGUCUGAGGAAGCCGUCGUAGAAAGCUCUUAUGAUAAUGAAAUUAUAGAAUCUAAAUCUGAUAUAGAUCUUCACACUGAGGACCCAAACUCCAAAGAACCUGAAGUUUCCGAGUCUGGAAUGGUUAAUGAACUUGUAACUGUAUCAUCCGAUCAGGUUAUAAUAGCAGACGAAAAUGUUAUAGAUAAAAAAGAUAUUUGUAACGAAAACAAUAUAACUGAAGAAAGCAUUGAAAAUAUAAAUCAAGAUGAACCCACUAUUGCAAAAUCUCAGAUAGACGAACCUCAAGUUUGUGAAGACAAAAAUCAAAACAAUGACUUGGAAUUAGGGUCAACUGUUGAAUUAUGUACCUCAUCUAUAACAAUUAAUGAAGGUGUGCAUUUUGAAACUGAAAUAUUAGUAGAAAAAAAUGAUAAUGAUGUUAAUGAAAAUGUUAUAAUUGAAUCGGAAACUAUUAUAACUGAUAAUUCAAAUAACAUUUUGAGUGAACUAGGUGAAAACAUUGAACUGAGUGAUGUACUUCAAUCAUCUGACAUGACAGGUAAUGUAGAAAAUAAUAAUGCAGCAGCUAAAGAAGAGGUCUUUAAUAAAGAAGAAUUAUUGGACAUACUAGAAGGAAAUGAUGUUGACCAAUCUUACAUUGAGGAAAAUGAAGCUGAGAUAGCAUUACAACAACUUUCAAUGCUCAAACAACAUGGACGAUCCACUAAGAAAGUAAAAAAUAAAUCAAAAGAAAAUGUAAAACACAAGGAUAACAAAUCACUAGCAAAAGAAAAUCUAGAGAAUAAAGUGCAGGAGAAGGAUAAUAUUGUAAAUGUUUUAGUUAUGGAUUGGCAGGAUGAUGAGCCUGAAAAUAAAGAUCAUCAGGACAGUGAUGCAGUGCUUCCUGAUUCAGAUAAGCAAUGUCCACAAAAUAUUGAGCCAAGUGAAGAACCCAGUGGACGAUCAUCCGUAGAUUCAACAGUUAGUGAGGAUAUAUCUCAAAAACAAAGUAAAAGUGAAGAUGAAAGCCCACCUAAGAGAUUAGGUAGGGUGAUUAAAAAAAAGGUAAUCUUUGACCCUGAUAAUCCUGAUACAUUUACAAAAUCUAAGACACCCUCUAAAUCUAAAGAAGUUCAGCCUAAUAAAGAUCAACCACCUGUAAAGAAAGGUAAGAUUGAACACACACCUCAAAGAACUAAAUCUAGAAGUCCAACAUCAAAAUUACAGUGGAAAAAACCAUCUCCAAGAAAUAGUAGACAAAAUAAAAGACUGUCAGAAGUUGAUAAGUUAUUGAUGGAUGAAGGAGCAGUAAAUAUGAUAUAUCAAUUAACACCAGAAGCUCCAAAAGGCAGAAAAAAUGUGAAGACCAAAGCCGAGUUUAUAAAAAAGAUACAGAGUUCCACACCUGAGGGCAAAGAAAUGAAAUUCAGAGAAAGAAAGAAGGAAGCUAGAUAUGAUGAUAGUGAUGCUAAAAAAAUAUUGGGUGGAAAGCACAGGAGUUCCCUAAGUAGUUCCGUAAAAUCGCCUUCAGUUUGUGAGGAUUUUGAGACACACAGUGCUGAUGAUUCUAUCAUUUAUCGCCGUCAUUCCUCUAGUUCAUAUUCUAGCAGUUGUAUGAGUCCUCGGCGUCUGAGUGAUGUGGAAGGAAACUCUCAAAGUUCAAAACCAACUUCUGCAUCCCAAACAGAAAAACAAAAUAUAACUAAUAAUCACAAUGACUCAAAAAGCCAACCAGAAGACGUUUUUAUGGUGGAUGUUAAUGCAGUGACUUCAGAAAUUAAGACCGAACUUAUCAAUAAAGAAGAUUGUUUAUCUAUUAAAGAAAAGUUAAACUCCAAGCUAUCACUUGCUCUCAAUAAAAGAAAAAGAGAUAGUGCAAAACUAGAUAAACCUGCAAAGCUGAAAAAAGUAUUGAAACCUGAAGAAAAAGAGGUGGUGAAUGAAGUUUCUAAUGAUUUUAAGUUUGUAUCAGUUAACAUAGACCAACAUUUGGCUGAAAUAUGUUUACAAAAAACAGGAUCAAAAGACAGUGUGGAGGUUUUAAAGGAGUUGGAACAAGCUCUUAAAUGCAUUGAUGAAAAUAAAGAUAUUUCUGUGACCCUGUUGUCUUCUCAGUGUGGGACUCUUUGCUCCAGUUUGGACCUCAGUUUACUGUUAGAUGAAAAUAGUGAGAUAAGAACUAAGAAUGCAUAUGAACUUGCUGAAUCUGUGAGGUCGCUGCUGGCGACGGUGAGCCGGCACCGCAAGCUGGUGUGCUGCGGCGUGUGGGGCGCGUGCUCGGGCGCGUGGGUGGCGCUGGUGGCGCUGUGCGACGUGGCGCUCGCGUCCGAGUGCGCCACGUUCUCGCUGGCCGCGCCCGCCGCGCCCGCGCUGCCCGGCGCCGCCGCGCUCGCCGCGCCGCACCGCGCGCUGCCGCACCCGCUGGUGAACGACUUGGUGAUAUUCGGCAGGCGCAUAUCCGCGUCAGAAGCGCUCCGCGGCGGGCUGGUGUCGCGCACGCUGUGGCCCUUCCGCUUCGACGAGCAAGUGCGCAAUAUUGUCAAGGAUAUUGCGAUACAACCGACACAUGCUGUCCUGUUGAAGAAACGUCUCCUCGGCUUAAAGAAGUCAAGCGAGGGGGAGGAGUCGUUCCUCUCGUGUCUCGAGGCGGAGCGAGACCUGCUCGUGCAGUACUGGACCUCGGUCGAGGGACAGGAGCUGCUGCGGACGGCCCUAGACGCCGCUUAAACUUGUGACAAUAUCUUCAUAUCACUGUACCAUUAAUAUUUUAACCCUCAUUCUAUUUAGAACUAUUGUGUUACACUAUUUUUCACCAUGUAUUCUUUCUUUUGUUUCUUUCAUAUAUCUGAUGAAUAAACUAUAUUUACUCCUCUCACUUAUCACCUUCGGUGUACGUUUAGUGUAAAUAAGGGAUAUGCACACAAUUGACUGUUUUGAUUCGUGGUGUCGUUUAGAAUAUAAUGAAGGUUAAUGUUACAUUGAAUGAUUGUGGAAGUAUAAUUAUCGCAUAUAUGAAUGGUGUUGAAGUGUUAAAAUUGUUUUUAAAUUGUAAUAAAUUACGUGCUUUUAUUUACACAAGAAGUAACUUUUUAUUAAAUAAAUGAAUACUGAAUAAAAAUUGACUAUAGUAAUUUUAAACUUUUAACGUAAAUAAAAGUACGAUCUUUGUAAUUGAUGAAGUGAAUAAGUAUAAAUUUUUGGAAGACUGCUGUUUUCAUAUUUGUGAGUGUACUGAAAAAUUGUACUUUUAGCAGUGUUAUGAAAUUUAAAGGGUGUUUAGUGUUAAGAAUACAUAGAUUAUAUUGUUACGUUGUAGAUGAAAUUGUUUAUGUAUUUGUUUAGAUGUUUAUUAGUUAACAAUUCAUAUGUAAAUUAGAAUUAAUUUCAGCCAAAGUUAUGUACUGAUUUUUUUCCUUUGAUCAGAAAACCAUGUCAUUUAUUUUGAGGUAAUAGACAAACUUACGUGAAAAAUCGUGGCAUUGUUACGCAGAAUUGCGUAGUUAAUCAUUUAUUUAGUAUAAUUUUCUCAAAUUGUAUGUAUUGGAUUUGGGUAAACAAUAUAUUAUAGACAUAUUUAAAAAGUAUGCGCGUUUUUCACCAAGCUUUGUCCUGUACCUUAUACAUAAUUUAAUGUAGUUGGUGCAAUUCAUUCCUUUUUUAUAAAGUUUGCCUUUUAGUUGUGGUAUUAAUUUACCGUUUUGUUUUCGAAUACAACUAGGCUUAUUUAGACGUAAUUUUAUUAGUUUACUAUUAUUGUAUUUAAGUGUAGCAAUAACUUAUUUUCUGUUUCUUGAGGAAAUAAAGUGCCUUUCAUAAA